UUGGGGGGUUCGGAGGGGGCAGAGAGCAGGUACGAGACUCCCACAGCCUCAGAGCUCCAGAGGCUGAUGUGGACCAAACCAGGGACCAGUGACCAUAUGGAUGAGGUCCAGCCCAGGAUCUACAUAGGAGACAUGUAUGCAGCCAAAGACAAGAGGACACUCCGGACUCAUCACAUCACCCACGUCUUGAACGCAGCGGAUGGGAAGUUUAAUGUGAACACAGGUGCCAGCUACUACAGGGACACAAAAAUAUCCUACCAUGGAGUGGAGGCAUUCGACAUGCCCUCAUUUGACCUCAGUACCUUCUUCUACUCUGCGGCCAAAUUUAUCAAGACCGCCCUGAGCUCACCCAACAGUAAUGUGUUGGUCCACUGCGCGAUGGGUCUGAGUCGCUCGUCCUCUCUGGUCCUGGCCUACCUGAUGAUCGAUGAGAACCUGACCCUGGUGGAUGCCAUCAAGGCUGUGUCUGCAAACAGAAACAUCUGUCCCAACGCUGGAUUCCUGGAGCAGCUCCGAGACCUGGACAAACAACUCCACUACCAGGCUAGACGACAAUGA